AUAUUGAUUGGAUGGUUCUGCCUACCACCAGACGUUCAGUCCCUCCACCGCGGGGGAAAUAAUAACAGCGAUGAUAACGGGCUGCUUGGUUACGUUGCCAUGGGGACCAGAUGCAUAAAAAUUGGUAACAAAAGGCCAGCAUCACCAUUUUGCUCUCUGGUUCCACAGUGGACGGAGCUUGUAGGUGUUUGUCUGUUAGCGGAGACAAAAUAUCCUUAUUUUUGACAAAGUAUACGCAACCGCCCAAAUUGUCUCAUUUGGGAGUAGCGUAUAAAGGGCGUGUCUUCUGAAGAGAUCGGAAUUCCUUAGACAGAAAUUGGCGGGGAGAUGGAUCGUUCGACUCGCAGAAAGUUACUGGAGUCCUUCAAGGAGGAGGUGGGCCAGACGGUCGACGCCGAGAAGGUGGCCCGGGAGCUGUACGAGAGGGGCAGCAUCAGCGAAGAGAUCCGCGACCUAAUCCUGAAGCAGCGGACGAACAAGGACAAGGCCAACAAGCUUAUGGAUGUGAUGAAGAUCUCCAAGACCAGCAACUACGAGGCUUUCUGUGAAACACUCCGAGAGCAAGGACACGACAAGCUGGCACAGCAACUGUUGAAACCCGAGGAGCGACCCAGCGCCGGCCCCAAGCGCAAGACUAAAACAACAGGGGAUAUCAAACGGAAACCAUCUAGUGCAAGGGCUGACAGCUACGCGGACGUGUUCAAGAGCUGCCGUAACUGUUUCAUCAGCGACGUGGCCGCCGACCCGACACGACUGGUCAAACACUUGGAGGCUGGCGGUACGGGCAAACGGAUGAUACUCUCUAGCGCCACCAAGCGGCAGGUGGAGCUGGAGCCCGAGGCCGAGGCCAAGGCGCAGAUUCUGUUUGAGGCCAUUCUGCCGCAGAUCAACGAGUACGGUCCCUUUUUCGAGCUGGUGCAGAUUCUACGGGAACCAUUCCAGCACCUGUCCAACCAACUCUGGGAACAGCUGAAGAACAUCGUUGUGCCACCACACAAAAGUAGUACCAGCGUAGGUCGUAGUAAGCACAGCGCUGGAAGCCAACACUCGUCACUGCCAGGCUCACCCGGAAGUCUGCGGGGCUCACCCCAAUCAGCUGGUGUGGGGCCCUCAAACGACGUCAUGAAGUCCCUGACAAAUCUCCAGUCGGAUCUGACCGAGUCGCAAAGCGACAGCCUGAAGCAGUCCCUGCAGUUGGAGAGAUGCAUUCAGGCGACAGCCGAGGCCAACAAUGCCAUCAAGAAGCUAAAAAUUCAACUGCGUCUGUCUGAGGAGGAGCGGGACGCUGCUGUCUCGCAGGCCGAGGCAGCCCGGCAACAGGCCGCCGAGGCACGCCAGCUACUGGAGACCGGACUCGCCGAGGCAGAAGCAGAGCGCAAGAAACUCGAAGACCAGCAACGCAAGUGGGAAGGCCAAAUACGAAGACGCAUGUCCAUUCUGGAGCAGAAGGAGACGUACCUUGCCUCCAAGGAGGCAGAGCUGAGGCGACGCGAGGAGGAGCAGAAGCAGCGCAACCAACUUCAGCGGCGUCAGCAAGAUUCACUGGAGAAGAGGGGCUUCGAUGCGGCUCGUCGAGGAGAAAGACAAGACAUGCGAAGCGCUGAGUACCACGUCCGCCAAGAGAGGAUGAAGGAGAGAGAAAACAACCUGGAGAUGAACGAAUCGCAGAUCUCGGAGAGAGAAGAGGAAGUUGCUCGAAAGGAGGGCGCCCUGAAAAAGAAGGAGAUCGAUUUGCGCCGCAGAGAAAUGGAAACCAUUCGUCUGGAGGAGCAGAUAAAACUGAUGCAGGCAUCUCAGCGUAAGACGGCAGCCCAACUCAAGCAGAAAGAACAGUCCGUCGCCCAGGCAGAAGAAGACGUCAAAAUCAUUGGCGAAAACCUAAAUCAACGCGAGGAAAAACUGAGAGAGAAAGAGAAACGGCUCAACGUGAAGAUGCUGCAAGUCAAGGAGCAGGAGGAGGACUUGCACCAGCAGAAGAGAAGCAUUGACAAGAAAGAGAAACAGGUGCAGGAUGCAGAAACCGAGCUGCGAGAAUGGGGGACGGAGCUAGAGAACAAAUCCCAGGAAAUGAGUAACAUGAAAUCCGAAGCGGACAUCAAAGAAGAGGAGCUCAACCAAAGAGAAGAGGAAAUAAUGAUCAAGAAGAAAGAGCUGGAUAGCCUGCAAGAUGUCCUGGACCAUCGUCUGCAGGCGCAGGAGAGGAUGGAGCGCGCCUUGCGGAUGAUCGAGGUGGAGCAGAUUCGCCGAGAUAAAGAAAUACUCAACCGGGAGGCUGAGUACUUCCACCUGAGUUAUCCCUCUCAGAAAAAAAUAGAAGAGAUUGCGGAUCGGUUGGAGGAGCUGGACAAGAAAGACGGAGAGCUGAAGAAACGCGAGGAGCUCCUAAGCUGGAUCGAAGUGGAACAGCAGCGCCGCGAGGUGGAGCUGAAGAAACAGAUGCUGUUGGCCGAGCGAGCGCGCCGGGAGGCGGAGGUUGCCGGCGAUGAGGCCGGCGAUGAUAACGACGGUCAGCGCAUCGAGGCCGAAUCAGUGCCCCCGAGCGAGGUUAGCCUCCAGCUGGACGCCGACCCAGAGCCGGAGAUUUUUGGCUACGAAGUGGUGCUCAAGGGAGCCCGCUACGCCAAACGCGGCAGCAAGGCGUCCUUCGAGAUGAAGGUUGCGGGGCUGCAGACGGUGGGGGCCUUCAAAAACAUCUUGGAGACGGAGGAAGGGAUACCUGCCAGCUGGCAGAGUCUCCUCCUGAACGGACAGCAACUGGAUGAUAGCAUGACACUACCGAGCAGCAGUAGCCCGGGAGGGUUACAAAAGAUCGAACUGAGACUGUCUGCACCUCAAGUAAAGGAAAGAGACGUUCUCAAACUCAGGGUACGGAGCUGCAACGGCCCUACCCACACCAUCGAGUUCUCGCAGGAGGACACCGUGGCCCUGGCCAAGACGCGCAUCUACAAGUACACCGGCACCCCGCCCCACCAGCAGCUGCUAGCCUACAAGGAAGUGCUCCUGGAGAACCACGCCCCUCUGCAGCUCUACUCCAUCCGCAAGAACGCCACCUUGGAUCUGAGGUUGCGCUUCACGGUGAUUGCGCAGCUGUCCAGCAACCAGCAGCUGGCCAUCACAGCCGACGAAGUCAACACCAUAGCCAACAUCAAAGCUAACAUCUUCGAGAAGACCAAGCUGCCACUCGACAACAUGAAGAUAUCAUAUAGAGGCAAGCAGCUGGAGGAUCACCGCACUCUCGCUCAUUACAACAUCGAAGAGGGCACUAUUCUACUCGUCAGUUGCUCCCUCGUCAUCAAGAUGCACGCCACCAACACCGACAUCGGCCUGGACGUGGAGCCAGGGGCCACUGUGCAGCAGCUCAAGCAGCUCCUGGCGCGCCGCAAGAAUCUCAGUGCCGACCGCAUGUACAUCGUCUGCGGAGACCAGAUCCUCAACGACGACCAGGACGUAACCGAGGUGGUGCGCAACGGGAAGGAGCUUGGCAUGCACGUGGGCAACGUACUGGUCAUGUCCUCGUCCGGGCAGAUCGUGCACAGCGACACGGAGGCGCAGCAAGGCGGGGACCAGACAGACCGAUCCCUGGAUCUGAGCGUGUCGGGAUCGCUGAAUUUUGCUCAGACUGCGCGCUAAGUUGAGACGAAUCCAGCGACGUUUCACCAGACAUUCCCGAACCUCCCCUCCCCAUACUUGGCGUUUGCAUGGCUGCCAUCUUAUAGGCCAGUGCUUUUUGUUCCACAGGGUUUGCACAAAGGAUGCUUCCCUGUGGACCAAAGAACUGCUCUGCAAGAUGGCUACCACGCAAAGCCUCUAUCCGGUUCAUAUUAUGUAUGACGUCAUUUCAUUUAAACCACGCCCACUGCACAUACAGUUAGGCGACAUGGAACCGACAGUUAACCCACAACUUGUUCAACCGUGUUUGUCUAACGGGAGCCUGCAAUCAGCAGUGCAUCUGCUUGUAUGACGAAGUCACGUACGAACCGGAUAGACGGCAAACAUUCACUCUUGCGUGCAAAGUACCCUUCAGUUUUUCAGUUAAACCACAAAACGUUUGGAUUCGGGGUUGAAGCGGUCAGAACAUGGCAUGCUCGGAAUAACCAUCGCCAACUUGAUUAAACUCAGUGUAAAUCAAGACGACGAUAAAAUAUAGGGGCUCCAAAAUAACACCAGCGGUGCAAUUUCCAUGCGUACGUUGGAAAUAAAUGUUAUGUUAAGUGCGUGAUUUAGCCUCAAUGCAGACUGUUUAUACGGUAGUGUAACGGUUGCAUCACAUCUCCCGAUAAUAACAGUUAAAAUUUCAGCUGUUUUGUUAGUACAAACCUUUUUGAUUGUGAAACAGCCCUGAUCUUCGUCAAGCUUUUUCAAUGCAGGCAUCUCAGAUAUGUCGCUGGAAUCAACGAGGUUCUUGACAAAUCCUCUUGAGCUAUGACAAAAUGUAACUGGAUUUGGAUUGUGCGUUUCUGCAGGUUUCAAGUCCAUUACUUGGAACUUGCAUACUACAUAAUUAUAUGUGUACAGAAUAAAUGUAGAUGCAUAAAUCGAACAAAAGGGUAAAAAGAGAGAGUAUUUUAAAAAGUGCAAUUAAACAAUUUUAAUAAUGUAUUAAAAUAAUUAUUAUGUUAUUGUACAUUUGAAAAUUAGGCUAAUCAGUAUCUGAAUUUCUCUGAACUUUUUACAUUGUUUACAAUAUUUUUUGGAUAUCGGAGAGUUCUCUGUACAGGGUAGCCGUCGAAAACAAAGUUACAAGUCUGAGAGUGCUAUGAGAACACGCAUGCGCAGUUCAAACUACGAAAAUAGAGUGGCUAUAGGCUUGCGCGAAACUUAAACACAAAAAGGGAAAAUUGACGGUCCUUCAUAAUAUGCCUUUUUAAAACUUCCGUAAUAGCGGCUGCUCUAGUUUGUUGAAGUUGUAUUCAUGUAUAGAGAACACAUCGCCCCAAAUAUAAUUAUGAACUGGCAAUUGGCAAUUUUUUUCUCAAAUACUUUUAAACUAUAGCAUGAAAACAGGUGAAAAAUGUUCCCUGUUUCUAUACAGGAAACCGACUGAUUAAUUAAUCCGUUUCUUGAAUUUAACUGAUUAGUUUUGUAAAUGAUAAAUAUCUGUUUCAGUAUGAUGUCCUCUUUCUUAUGACAUCAAGAAAACAACUUGUCCGUCACACAUGACUAAGCCCAAACUGGCUUAAUGGACCGUGUCAGUAAUGGCUUUGCACCGGAUGCAUCACCAGUUUGCAAAGCGGGAAGCGUUUCUAAAAAAAAAAAAGCAGUAAUUACCGUACACUGCCAAAAUCAUUAAUUCAAAGACAACCGCAGUUAGGGGCUUAUUCCUGCUGCAGCUUAACCCCCAGUGACCUUCAAUAUGCCCCCCCCCCCGCAUUUCUUUCAACGAAAACUUCUUCCCUUGUUUUCAUCGCUUUUAAAUUGGUAUAAUACACUUUGGACAUCCCAGCUAACAGUACGUAAUUCUGACAAAAGCCAUCUCUGGACGGUAUGAAUUUAACACCAAAACAGCAAUUUGGUGCAAAGCCAUUUUGACUUGGUCCAUUAAACAACUUCGUGCAGUCAUCUGUGACUGAAAGUUGGAUUUCUUGGUGUCAUGUAAAUGAGGACGUCAUGACAUAACAGAGCUAGGAUGGUUACCAUUUACAAAAAAAUAAUCGCAUUCAAGAAACAAACAAAAUUAUAUCGGUUUCCUUUUAAAGUCACCCUGUAUAUUUGGCUUUUUAAGUAAAAUAUCCAGUUUAGUAAUGUUCUUCAAUUUUAAUCAUAUUGUUAUGUCAUAUUGUUUUGUCAUAUUGUUAAUUAUUUACACCAAAAACCUUGAAGUAAUGCCCAAAACACCCCAUUUUAACGGUACAUAAAAUAAUGUUGAAUAUCCCAUCCAUGUUGGACGCCUGUCGGUUUUAAAUACUUAACAAAUCCUGUCGACAGGAAGGCCUCAGUUGACUUAUCAUUUGGAUUGAGAGAAUGACAGGCUGACUUCUCACUUAAGUUUUCUACACUGUUAUCUAUUGUGUCUACGACGAAGAAAAAAUUCAGAAUGAUUUAUCGACAACUUUCGCUUUCAGAAGAAUGAAAUGACAGAAAUCAAACCUAAUUGUGUUCAAACGUGAAUCUGUUAGCUUUUACGCCCUUAAAACAGUGGUAAACAAUAUGUUUUCAUUCUUCACCUUUACCUCAGAAAGCUUUGAUUUAAAACUGAAGUUAUGUGAUUGGCUGAAAGCGUGCACGUGUCCUGACAUGUGAUAUUCGUUUUUGAGCAGAGCAUUUUAAAAAUAAAAAAGAUUUAUUUCGAGACUGAGGUAUAUUUUUGUGGGCACAAGAAAGAAAACGUGACUUUAGGAUGUUGAGUUUGCAUUCUGAAAUAGUAAGAACUCCUGGUGUUUGCUGUUUUUUAUUGUCAUAUUUAUAUAUCCAAAUGCGUGUCCUGUAAUCGAGAUAUCUUAUUUUCUUGACUGAUUUAUGGAAUAGAUGUUGUGCUGUAUCGAAUGGCUCAGAGUGGAAUGGAAGGAAUAUCAAAGUUAAAAUCUGGAUUUUUCCAUUUCACGAGGCAAAGUUGAGUGAAAUGGAAAAGUACAGACUUUACCGAGCGAUAUCCUUUCUCAUUUUCACAAUAAUCAUAUAUAAAUUAAUCAUUUUCACAACUCAAAGCAACUCAAUAUUUGUUUUGUACAGCUGACAUAAAGAUCCUCCUCGUCUUGAAAAAGGAAUUUAAAAUGAUUCCAAAUGACACAAAUAGGGGUUGAGAACCAGUUUUGUUUGUUUUCAAUUUUAGCAAAUUGUCACUCUUUUAAAUAAUGCCCUUUACAUUUGGCAAUGGUGAACCUGGCAUAAGUUAUUGGCGCGGGAUGGAAGGAUGACCCCAUACAGUCCUAUUCACCAUUGGCGAAUGGGCUUUUUUGAGCCCUGGUGUGAAUGGCAACGAUAAUGAUUAAUGUGAGUUUCUCCAAUUAAAGGACAAGAAUCUGUGUGUCAGUCAUAUAAAUAACUGUA